AUGCAACCGGUGCUCCGGAAGUUGAUCAUCAAGCCGCAUUGGAUGUUCGCCCUGGACAAUCUGAUCCGAUCAGCUGUGCAAACUGCCGUCCAAAUCCUCAGCCCUGAUUUGUCGGCGGUACUCCAGGUCCACGAUAUCAAUUCGCCGUCAACGAGCGGAGUCCAACGACCAUCCGUCAGUCGGGAGAGUGCUGUUAGUGAAGCAGAAACCGGAGACAGCCGUCCCCCAUCCGCGCCGCCCGCCUUCGACUCGUCGGUGGUACGCGAGAGACGAGAUAACCUGAAGAAUGUCCACGAGGAGAAUCGACAGCUCUUCGAUCAGUUGCUCGAGGUGGAGCGCGAGCUGAACACGCUGCUCCGACACGCCGAUGAGCUUGUCACCUGGCUGCGAAGUCUGGAUGUCGAUGACCACUCAAUCGCCUGCAUCAUCAGAGAGGGCUACACAAAGCCGGACAUCUUGGAGUACGUCGGCAGGGAGGAGCUGAGGCAGUGUGGCGUUGCAGGCGGCGCCUCAUGUCGAAUCCUGCGAGCCUGCCAGGAGGCGCGGUCGCGUCGCGGGCACGUCUUACUGUCACCACCCUUGAGGUCCCGCGACGAUUCCCUCGACGACUACCAUUCUUCUAUGGCUGAUGACGUCACUACAGAUGUUCAGUACCACCAU